AUGACAGAUGAUUGGUUCGAGGGCAUCCUCAAGGCAACAGUGGACAAAACCGCGACCGUGAUUUCAGUCGAAAUCAAGCCCGGGCUGGAAAUUGGCGAAAAUUACGGCAGUUCGACUUUCCGCAUAAGAAUCCAUUAUAAAACCGAGACAGAUGACGGAACCGGUGGAGAAAAAGUGCUCCACGCCUUUGCCAAAUUGCCGCCAACGGUCGAGUCUCAUCGAGCAUUCCUGGAUUCGCACGACAUUUUCGAAAGAGAAGCGAUCGUCUACAACCAGCUGUUGCCGGAAAUGUACAAGAAUAGCGUGGCGAAAAACGUUCCGAGUCCUAAAGUUUAUUUUGCGAGUGGCAAAGGAGAAACGCAAAUAAUCUUGAUGGAAGAUCUGGUCGCCCGGGACUUUGCACUGGGAAACAGGAGAACGGGAUUCGAUUUGGAGGAAACCAAAUGUGUCCUCGAAGCCUUUGCCAGCUUCCACGCCCAUUCGUUUGCACUGAGAGAACGAAGUGAUAACAGAGACCUUCUGAAGUUCCUCGUCAAACCGUGUGACCCGUGGAUGCUGUACGACUGGUCAGGAAGGCAAAACCGUAAUAAGACGCUGUCUCGGUCACCGGUCGCUAACAACUUACGGGAUUUCCGACAUCUGGGCGGCACAACGGAGGAAAAUGACGAACUCAUUCGCCGUGUCGAGGAAUACAUGAAAACAGACAUGAGAGAACGCAUCGUAAGCCUAAUGAAACCGACGAAAUUUUCGUGUUUCGUUCUCGGAGAUUGUUGGGUCAACAACAUGAUGAUCAGAUACGAGGAAAUCGACGGAGUGAAGGUACCGAGAGAAGCCUGCUUGCUUGAUUUCCAGGUCACCCGAUUUGCAAGACCGAUGAUGGAUUUGGCAUAUUUUUGGUACACAAGUACAUGCCGCGAAGUGUUCAACAAUUUUGACGUCGUUUUCGAGUUUUACUACGAAGAAUUUGUCAAGUGGCUGAAGUUACUCGGAUCACAAAUGGGACAAACGUUGACUCUGUCUGAGCUUUUAGAAGAGUUUGAAGCAGUGGAAGAAAUGGGAUUCAACAUGUCUCUAUUCGGAUUAGCGGUGCUUAUGAUCAGUCGGGAAGAUUUUGGCGAAGAUUAUGGCCAGGGAGGGUUUGCAGAGGAUUUUCCGAGGCUGGUGGAGAAUGUAUUAAAUGGCAGUAACGGUAAAAAGAAAAGCCCGCCGCGGAUGUGGACAGCUCCCCUGUCUUCCCGUCCGUGGGACGCAAGACAGGCAGGAGAGAAGCAGCAGAGAACCAAUGCAGCUAGUGAGGGAUGUGAAGCCGUGAAGCAAGGCGGAUGUGGAGUGUUGGUACCCAAUGAAUUCUGGCUGUUCCCAACAGCGAAGAACGACCUGAUAGGGAUUGCUUUUGAGGAAAGGAACAGCCUCAUUUCCGCCAUCAAAACAGCAGUUUAA